ACACCACCACCACCACCGUCACACUCUCUCACUUCACUCUCUAGAUUCUCUCUCUCUCUCUUUCACUUUCUCUCUCUAAAACGCUUUUUUGCUAUUUUCCCUCGCUUUCUGUCGCUUUCUCGCCCUUUCUUUUUCUUUUCUUUCCUUUCCUUUUCCAGCCCUACAUUCUUUCUCUUCCCUCACACAUACACACACAGAGACACUAACCCACCCUCGAAAUAUCCAAACAGCAUUUUUCGUCGUUUUCCUUAAAUCCCCUCUCCAAAGCUAUUUUUCCACCUCCAUUUCGGCUUUUCGAUUUCUUCGAUUUUAAUUCUUUUUCUUUUUUUCUUUUUUUUUUUUUCGAAUUCCGAGUUUCUAUUAGCCAUCUGCAAAAUUUUCAUAUCCCCAUUUGGCUGUGAUCAAUGUGAAAGAAGGUUUGGAUCAAGCAGUGAUGGUGGCUUAGCUUUUUUUUUUUUUUUUUUGAUGAAAUGGAGUAGGUGGAAAUGUGGAGUAGAGAUGGAGCUUAGGGCUUCGUUGAGGAAAUUCAGGUCUUAGAUGUUGUUGAGUGUGAAGAGGAUGAACUUAGAUCAGUCGAAGGCGGGCCCUGUGGAAAGGGACAUUGAGUUGGCUAUCACUGCUCUGAAAAAAGGGGCACAUUUGCUCAAGUAUGGACGCAGAGGAAAGCCCAAAUUUUGUCCCUUCAGGCUGUCCAGUGAUGAAACUGUUCUAAUAUGGUACUCAGGGAAAGAGGAGAAACAUAUAAAAUUAAGCCAUGUAUCCAGAAUUAUAUCUGGUCAGCGCACUCCAAUUUUUCAGAGAUAUCCUCGUCCCGAGAAGGAAUAUCAGUCAUUUUCUCUUCUAUACAAUGAGAGGUCCUUAGAUUUAAUAUGCAAAGAUAAAGAUGAAGCUGAAGUAUGGUUUACUGGACUAAAGGCGUUGAUAUCACGCUGCCAUCGCCAGAAGGGGAGAACAGAAUUAAAAAGUGAUGGAGCUCCAUCUGAAGCAAGUAGUCCCAGAGCACACACCCAGAGAAGUUCUCCUUUGAGCUCUCAAAUUAGUAGCGGUGAUAGUUCACAGAAGGAUGGCAUUGAUCCCCUUUGUCUUCAUACUACAUACGAAAUCCCUCAUAGAAUUGGUUUGGAGAAGGCAUUAUCAGAUGCAAUGUUAUAUUCCGUGCCUCCAAAAGUUUCCUUUCCUUCGGAUUCUGCUUCUGCUUCAGUAAUUUCUCUGUCAUCAGGAGGUUCAGAUGGAAUAACUGGGCGCUUAAAGGGUGCAACUCUGGAUGGUGUUAGAGUUAGUUUAUCAAGUGCUGUUAGCUCAUCAAGUCAAGGUUCUGGUCAUGAUGAUGGUGAUGCUUUAGGUGAUGUUUUCAUUUGGGGGGAAGGUGUAGGUGAUGGCAUUUUGGGAGGAGGUCAGCAUAGAGUUGGAAGUUCAUCUAGUAUUAAGAUGGACUCCUAUGUUCCCAAAGCCUUGGAAUCUGCCGUAGUACUCGAUGUUCAGAGUAUAGCUUGUGGUGGGCGAUAUGCUGCUUUGGUAACCAAGCAAGGUGAGGUAUUUUCUUGGGGUGAGGAACUAGGUGGCAGACUUGGACAUGGUGUAGAUUCUGACGUCUCCCAUCCUAAGCUGAUAGAUGGUCUCAAAAAUAUCAAUGUUGAAUUUGUUGCAUGCAGUGAUUACCAUUGCUGUGCUGUAACACUUUCUGGUGAUAUGUACAUAUGGGGUGGUAGAACUUGCAAACUUGGGCAGCUUGGACAUGGGAAUGAAGCAAGUCAAUGGGUUCCGAAAAAGCUAAAUGGACCUUUAGAGGGAAUUCAUGUCUCAUCAGUUUCAUGUGGACCAUGGCAUACUGCUGUUGUGACCUCUGCUGGGCAGUUAUUUACCUUUGGUGAUGGAACUUUUGGUGCUCUAGGUCAUGGGGAUAGAAGAAGUAUUUCAAUGCCCAGGGAAGUGGAGUCCCUUAAAGGGCUUCGCACUGUGCGAGCAGCUUGUGGUGUAUGGCACACUGCUGCUGUUGUUGAAGUUAUGGUUGGUUCAUCUAGUUCUAGCAACUGUUCAUCAGGAAAGCUUUUUACAUGGGGAGAUGGUGAUAAAGGUCGUCUUGGGCAUGGCGAUAAGGAAGCAAGACUUGUACCUACCUGUGUUGCUGCUCUUGUUGAACCUAACUUUUGUCAAGUUGCCUGUGGACACAGUCUUACUGCUGCACUUACAACUAUGGGCCAUGUUUACACAAUGGGAAAUCCUGUUUAUGGUCAACUAGGGGACCCAAAAGCUGAUGGAAGGCUUCCAAGCCGUGUUGAGGGAAAGCUAACAAAGAAUUUUGUUGAAGAAAUUGCUUGCGGUGCAUAUCAUGUUGCUGUUUUAACUUCAAGAACUGAAGUCUACACUUGGGGGAAGGGUGCAAAUGGUCGUUUAGGCCAUGGGGAUACAGAAGAUAAAACUUCACCGACACUAGUUGAAGCUUUGAAAGACAAACAAGUAAAAAGUAUUGUGUGUGGCCCAAACUUUACUGCAGCUAUCUGUCUUCAUAAAUGGCUUUCUGGUUUUGAUCACUCAACAUGCUCUGGGUGUCGACUUCCAUUUAAUUUCAAAAGAAAAAGACACAAUUGUUAUAAUUGUGGACUUUUAUUCUGCCAUUCUUGUAGCAGCAGAAAAUCUCUCAAGGCUUCCAUGGCUCCAAACCCAAACAAAUCUUAUCGUGUUUGUGAUAAUUGUUUUGGAAAGCUAAGAAAAGCCACUGAAACCAACUCUUCAUCUCACUCUGCUUUGAGUAGAAGAGGAAGUGUGAAUCAAGGACUCAACGAACUCAUUGAAAAGAAUGAGAAUUUGGAUUUAAAAUCUACUGUUAAAGAACAGGAAAGUGGAUCUCUCAAAAAGAACAAGAAACUGGGUUUUAAUAGUAAUCGUGUUUCGCCCAUUUCAAAUGCAGUUCCUGGGGGUGGUACACUUAAUGGAUCUAAGUCUUUUAACCCAUUGUUUGGGUCAUCCAAAAAAUUCUUCUCAGCUUCUCUUCCUGGAUCAAGAAUUGUAUCUAGAGCAACCUCACCAACAUCAAGACGAUCUAGCCCACCUCGUGCCACAACACCAACUCCAAUUCUCUCAGGGCAUACCUCAUCAAAAGUUGUAAAUGAUGCUAAAAGGACAAAUGAGAGUCUAAGUGAAGAAGUUCUUAGAUUAAGAGCUCAGGUUGAAGAUCUCACUUGUAAAUCUCAGCUUCAAGAAAUUGAACUGGAAAAAUGUGCCAAACAGCUAAAAGAGGCUAUUGCAAUAGCAGGAGAAGAAACUGCAAAAUGCAAAGCGGCAAAGGAAGUAAUUAAGUCACUUACUGCUCAAUUGAAGGACAUGGCUGAAAGGUUACCCAUUGGAACUGCAAGAAACGGCAAUUCACCCCCAAAAGGUUUUUCUAGUCCUAUUUCUCAGGAUGCGUCUAGUGUAGCCAAUGAGCAAGCAAGCAGUCCAGUGGCUUACCGUGAAACAGAUCCCAUUCAAUCAAACAGCUUUACGAUGUGUGAUGUGUCAAGCAAUGGCAGUAACAAUACUUCAGGUCACACUGACAUGAUGCAUUCUGAAGCAACAGCCAGGAAUAAGAAUAGAGCAUUGAAGACAGAAACCACAAACAUGGAUGAAUGUGUUGAGAAAGCUGAGCCUGGUGUAUAUAUUACUCUUGUCUCCUUGCCUGGAGGACUCAAAGAUCUCAAGCGUGUCCGCUUCAGUCGGAAGCAAUUCAGUGAGAAACAAGCAGAACAGUGGUGGGCAGCAAAUAGGUCCAGAGUGUACCAGCAGUACAACGUUCAUGCAACAGACAAGUCAAAUGUUGCCUUUUAGUCCAUUGACCCCAACUGCCAUUGUCAAAGAUACUAAUGACAAGGCAAUUCCUAUACCCCAGGCUUAAGAAAAAUCUGAUGUUCUUUUUGUUGUCUGCUGUUGAAGGAAGCAAGGGCAGGAUAAAACUACUUCGGUCUUUGCCCUUUUUUUUUUUUUUUUGGUUUUUAUUUCUAUAUAUUUGUAGGCAUGGUGGUAAAUUCGUCUGGGCUUGAGUUUUAUUUCUCCACCCUUUCUGAUUCUUUUUUCAUUUUCUGGUAAAUGUACCCACAAUUUUUUCUUGUUGGAAAUUCCCUCCGGAGGGAAGUGGUAAAAGAGUAGAAGAAAGGGAUGUGUAAAUUCUUUGUAAGUAGGUUGAUAGCCUGGAUUGAAUUCAAGAAGGGUGUUGUAAAUUCAUUUUCAUCUGUUGAAGGUUUUGAUACCGGAUUAUGUGCUACAUAGAGCUUCAUCUCGAACGAGAUUCAAUACAGAACUUACCAAGUGCAGC